AUGGCGGAAACUAAAAUAAUAUACCAUAUUGACGAGGAGGAGACGCCGUAUUUGGUGAAGAUUCCCAUAUCCUCUGAAGAAAUUACUCUUUUGGAUUUUAAACAGGUCUUAAACAAACCCAAUUACAAAUUCUUCUUCAAGUCCAUGGAUCAGGACUUUGGGGUGGUUAAAGAGGAGAUUUCUGAUGAUUCUGCUAAACUGCCCUGCUUCAAUGGGAGAGUUGUGUCCUGGCUGGUCUCCUCUGAGAGCUCUGUGGCAGAACCUCCCCUCCCUGCUCCCCCUCAGGUGGAGAGAUCUCCUGAACCAUCUCCUCCCCCUCCACCCCUUCCCCCACCCCCCGCUGAACGUGUGGGGGGCAUCGGAGACUCCAGACCCCCCUCCUUUCAUCCUAAGGUGGCAGACAGUGUGGAGAAUCUGGAUGAGAGUACAGAGACAGAGUCGGUUAUAUCGUUUCGGAGAGAGAGACCGCGACGCCGGGACAGCCUCGAACCGCAUGGGCCUCGUGUGAAUGGACAGACACGGUUAGAGCGCCACCUAGCGGGCUACGAGAGCUCCUCCACCGUCAUGAGCAGUGAACUGGACACCACCAGCUUCUGUGAUUCUGAUGAGGAUGACGCUAUGAGCAGGUUCAGUAGCUGUACAGAGCAGAGCUCAGCCUCCCGGCUGUUGAAGAGGCAUCGCAGGCGGAGGAAACAGCGCCCCGCCAGGCUGGAACGGACAUCGUCCUUUAGCAGUGUGACUGACUCCACCAUGUCCCUCAACAUCAUCACUGUCACUCUCAACAUGGAGAAGUAUAAUUUCCUGGGGAUCAGUAUUGUGGGACAGAGUAAUGACAGGGGGGAUGGAGGGAUUUAUAUUGGCUCCAUCAUGAAGGGCGGGGCAGUGUCAGCUGACGGACGGAUUGAACCAGGAGACAUGCUGCUUCAGGUGAACGAUAUAAACUUUGAGAAUAUGAGUAACGAUGAUGCGGUGCGUGUGCUGAGAGAUAUAGUCCACAAACCUGGGCCCAUCAUCCUGACUGUGGCAAAAUGCUGGGACCCAUCUCCUCAGGGCUAUUUCACUUUGCCCCGCAAUGAGCCGAUCAGACCCAUAGACCCUGCGGUGUGGGUUAGUCACUCUGUGGCCCUGACAGGGGGUAUGCCGUACCCCCCAUUCCCCUCCAGCUCCGCCCACAGCACCGUCACAUCAAAUUCUAACGUCACAGAGACUGAACGUCUGAAUGAUUUUAACCUGUCUCUACACUCUGACAUGGCGUCUGUGGCGAAAGCGAUGGCGUCUCCAGAUUCAGGCCUGGAGGUCAGAGACAGGAUGUGGCUCAAAAUCACAAUCCCCAACGCAUUCUUAGGCUCAGACGUGGUCGAGUGGCUCUUUCAGCACGUGGAGGGUUUCCAUGACCGGCGUGAGGCACGUAAAUAUGCCAGUAACCUGCUGAAGGCUGGUUUCAUCAGACACACUGUCAACAAGAUCACCUUCUCAGAGCAGUGCUAUUACAUCUUCGGAGACUUCAGUGACUGUCAGAACUACAUGGCCAAUCUGUCUCUGAAUGACAACGAUGGAUCGAGUGGGGCGUCUGAUCAGGACACGCUGGCUCCUCUGCCCCUCCCAGGGGCCACACCCUGGCCUCUCAUGCACACAUUCCCCUACCAGUACCCUCAGCCGUUCCCCGCCCAGCCCCAGGCCUUCUCCGCCCAGCCUCCGCCCUAUCACGAGCUCUCCAGCUACAGCUACAGCGCCGGCAGUGCAGGCAGCCAGCACAGUGAAGGGAGUCGCAGCAGUGGCUCUACGCGGAGUGAGGGAGAGAGGAGGCACGGCAGUAAAGGGGGGAGCAGUGGCGGUAGGGACGAUAAAUCCCCGGUUUGUGUCGACUCCCGUUCUGGCAGUGGCAGCGAAUCGGAAUAUUCUGUGCGCAGCAACAGGAGGCGGGACCACGGUGGCUCGGCCACGCCCAGCGAGCACAGUCUGAUGAGUCAGCGAUCACAUCAUCAUCGUGCCCCGCCCCCCCACCUGGGAGCCUACCCUCCUGGUAUUCCCAUUCCCUACAACCCCAUGAUGCUGAUGAUGGUGCCCCAGCACCCUCUGCCUCACCCAGGCAUGGGCGCCCCUCUGCCGGCUCUCCCCCCCGGGCCCUCUCUACCACCCCUGCCUCCUGCAUCCAACACCCCAGGGGGGCCGCCUGGAGCCCCCCCAACCAGAGAUCUGGGCUCUGUUCCACCUGAGCUGACGGCGUCUAGGCAGUCCUUUCACAUGGCCAUGGGAAACCCCAGUGAGUUCUUUGUGGACGUCAUGUAG